CUCCCAAUCACUCCCCUCUCCGAAAAGAGGAAUGCACUGUCCCUGAUGCUUUCUCCUUUACUUUGCUUUUUUCUAUGAACCAAUUUUCUAUUCUUCAGGUCACUCCUGUUCUUUUCUUAUAAUCAACUUACUGCUAAAGUUUCCCAAUUCAUCCUCUAUAAGUCCAUGUAUGUUUUCUCUGGCUCUCCCUGGCUGGCUCAGACAUGCACUGUGUGCAGAAAGAUUGGAUUACCAGCAUUUCCUUUAUUAUCCAGUGUCUUUAUAUUUUAGCCUCAUGUCACGGUGAGAGCUUCCAGCGGGCUGAUCUUCACUCUGGACACGGCACACAAGAACACCAAGCCAGGAAUCUGCCUCCAGAAUAUGAACUGGUUGAGCCAGUCAAGGUGGACAAAAAUGGCAACUUCUUGUCCCACACCGUGACUCAUCAUGAAACUCUAAACAGAAGAAAACGGGAUUUGCAAUCAGCAACGGUGCACUACCGCAUUUUACAAGGGACUAAGGAUUUACUGUUUAACUUGUCUGUCAGUGAAGAAUUUUUGUCAGAUAACUAUAUCCUUGAAAGAAGAACUGGAAAUAAUAGUGGAAUUAGGAUUACCCCUCGAUCAGGGGUCUUUUGUCACUUUAGUGGAACAGUCCAACAGCGAGAUGUGGGGAGUGGAUAUGCAGCGAUCAGCUCAUGCAAUGGUCUGGCUGGGUUUUUCCGACUUCCCCAUGGAGAUUAUUUUAUUGAACCUCUCUAUAAUACCACAGCAGCAGGGAAGCAGCAUAAGCACAUAAUGUACAAGAGAGAAGUGCGGGAGCCUCAGCGUUAUCGCCGAGAACUAGUGGAUGCUGAAAACAAGCCAUGUGGACUAAAUGAAAGCUACAAGUAUGCUCUGCAACAAGAGGCUCAGCGGGAGAGGUGGGAGAGGAAGUACAUGACGGGCCGAAAGAUUUCCCUGCGGUCAAUCAGCAAAGAGAGAUGGGUGGAAACUUUGGUUGUUGCUGACACCAAAAUGAUUGAAUAUCAUGGCAGUGAGAAUGUGGAGUCCUAUAUCUUCACUGUGAUGAAUAUGGUUGCAGGACUGUUUCAUGAUCCAAGCAUUGGUAAUGCAAUUCACAUAAAAGUGGUCCGUGUCAUCUUACUAGAAGAAGAAGAGGAAGGCUUGAAAAUCGUUCACUAUGCAGAUCAAACCUUGUCAAGUUUCUGCAAAUGGCAAAAAAGUAUAAAUCCAAAGAGUGACUCCCAUCCAGCCCAUCAUGAUGUAGCAGUAUUGCUAACACGGAAAGAUAUCUGUGCAGGAAGGAACAGUCCGUGUGAAACGCUGGGCCUGUCUCACCUCUCCGGUUUGUGUCAGCCAUUCAGAAGCUGCAACAUCAAUGAAGACUCAGGUCUGCCUAUGGCUUUCACCAUUGCACAUGAAAUUGGACACAGCUUUGGGAUCCAACAUGACGGACAAGGAAAUGAUUGUGAAUUCAUCGGAGGACAUCCAUAUAUUAUGUCCCGGCAGUUGCAGUAUGACACGUCACCACUCAUAUGGUCGCCCUGCAGUAAGGAAUACAUCACACGCUUUUUAGAUCGGGGUUGGGGAUCAUGUCUGGAUGACUUGCCAGCAAAGAAAGAUUUCAAACAUCCGCUGAUUGCUCCAGGAGUUUUGUAUGAUGUCAAUCACCAGUGCCAGCUGCAGUAUGGACCCAACGCUACAUUCUGUGAAUUAGUUGAAAAUGUUUGCCAGACUCUUUGGUGUUCAGUAAAAAAUACAUGCCGCUCCAAGCUUGAUGCCACAGCAGAUGGGACCAGAUGUGGAGAUAAUAAGUGGUGCAUCAGUGGUGCAUGUGUUAACGUUGGCAAACAACCAGACACUGUACAUGGAGCUUGGGGUUCCUGGACAACAUGGUCACACUGUACAAGAACAUGCGGUGCUGGUGUGCAGAGCGCAGAAAGGAAGUGCAACAAUCCUGAGCCAAAAUUUAGAGGGAAAUAUUGUACUGGAGAACGAAAACGCUACCGCAUGUGUAAAGCGAACCCGUGCCCUAAAAACCAACCUUCCUUCCGCCAUAUGCAGUGUACAGAAUUCAACACCGUUCCUUACAAAAAUGAACUGCACACAUGGCUUCCCAUCUACAACUUAGCACAUCCCUGUGAACUACAUUGUCGUGCUGUAGAAACAAAUUUAGUAGACAAACUUCUUGACGCAGUAAUAGACGGAACUCUAUGUUAUGAGGGGAACAGCCAAAAAGACGUCUGCAUUAAUGGCAUGUGUAAGAGGAUUGGCUGUGACUACGAAAUAAAUUCAAAUGCCACUGAGGAUCGAUGCGGGAUCUGCCUGGGAGACGGCUCAAGCUGCCAGACAAUCACAAAAACAUUUGAUCAAAGUGAUGGAUUCGGCUAUGUCGAUAUUGGCAUUAUUCCAAAAGGAGCAAGAACAAUAAAAGUAGAAGAAGUGGAAGCCGCUGGGAAUUUCCUUGCGAUAAGGAGUGAAGACCCUGAGAAAUAUUAUUUGAAUGGGGACUUCAUAAUACAGUGGAUGGGCGAUUAUAAAUUGGCUGGGACUACUUUUCAUUACGAGCGAAGUGGUGAUCUGGAGAACCUCACUGCUGCAGGGCCCACAAAUGAAUCAAUCUGCAUCCAGCUUCUAUUUCAGGAGAACAAUCCAGGAGUUAGAUAUGAAUAUGUUAUACCAAAAGACAGCUCAGAAAAUGAGGUGGAGACUGUAUAUACUUGGAAGUAUGGAAUGUGGUCAGACUGCAGCGCAUCAUGUGGAGCAGGUGUUCAGCGCCAGAUCGCCAGAUGUGUACUCAAAGGAAGAGGCGUGGUUAAAAAUUCCUUUUGUGAUCCUGACGCACAGCCAAUGCCAAGACAGAAAAAGUGCAACCUGCAAGAUUGCCCAGCAAGGUGGUGGUAUGGUGAGUGGCAGGAAUGCUCCACUACGUGUGGUCUAAGUGGUGAGAAGAAGAGGACCGUGCUUUGUAUCAGAACAUUGGGGUCAGACGAGCAAGCUCUCCCUUCUGAAGACUGCAAUCACCUGACCCAACCCAAAAGCUCCAUAUCUUGUAAUAGAAACGUGUCCUGUCCAUCUGACUGGUCAGUGAGCAGCUGGAGUCAGUGUUCUGUUACCUGUGGAGGAGGAGUGCAAACCCGCAAUAUCACGUGCCCAAAACACAGCAGCGAACCAUGUGACCUUUCCAAGAGACCAAACUCCAAAGCUCUCUGUGGACUUCAACAGUGCCCACUGCAAAAAAACUUUCCACUGCCCUCUACAAAAGACAAGAAACCCUUUGUGAAAAUAAACCCUAAAACAAUUAACAUACCAAAGAAACGCAUUUUUCUGAUGAACACUAAAAAAAAUGUUCCCUCAACCACAGAAUCUCCGAAAGAUAUCACAACACCCGCUUCGCCCACACAGGCCCCUUCCAUCGUUUCCAUAGAAGAUGACUUCAGAAUAAACGAAAUCCCAAACUCCACUCAUUUCAAUGUAGAUUACAAAUACAGUUUUGUUCUUGUGGCAAACAAUAAAAAGAAAGCCAGAGUAAAUUCUUCAAAUGCUCCUGCAAUGUCCAAAGAAUCCGAUAAAAGUUUAGGAGGAGACAAUGAAACUGUAACAGAAAGAGACCUCAUCGCGGUCCUUAAUGCCACCACGACACCAACCAAUGUCACUAAUAUCCUGGAAAAAGUAACUCCAGGGUAUGAUUUUCUAACAGAACAACCAGAAACAAAGACAAACAGUGAAGAAAUGGAUGGGUCAACCUCAGAUCCAGAUGUUGAUUAUGAAAAUGAAAUAAACAACAUAAUCGAAUCUAGGAGUAAGAGGCACAAGGGCAAGUCCAAGGUCAUUAAGGAUAACCAUGCAACAGUUACCUACAAGCCUGAUUCGUGGACUGUGCCCGCUGCUACUGUCACCACAGAAAUCUCCGGGUCUCUAGGUGCUCCACCAAGCCCGACUACGCAAGGAGAAACUUCAAGAACUGAUAAACAAACACCGGCACAGAAUAACUCAACCAUUUCCAACCACCUGCCAACCUUCACUACAGCUAACAUAUCACAAGAUUUAUUUGCAGAGCUAAACAGCACAUCCAACAGCAGUCUACUUAAUUCAGUGGCAGAAAAUAAUGGCACUGAACCUCUUCUUAAUGGGUCAAGUCCCAUCUACUGGAUUGUAGGAAACUGGAGUGAGUGUUCCACAACCUGUGGUCUUGGGGCUUUUUGGAGAAACGUUGAAUGCAGCACAGAAACUGACGAAGACUGUGGACAUAUUAAAAAGCCUGAUCCCGCAAGAAGAUGUCACUUGCGCCCAUGUGCGAGCUGGAAAACUGGAAACUGGAGCAAGUGCUCCACAAGCUGCGGUGGUGGAUUCAUGACCAGGGAAGUACAAUGUAUGGAUACACGAGAAAAUCGACCUCUCAGACCAUUUCAUUGCCAAUCCCCAGGAUACAACCCUGUGCAGAACAUAUCCUGCAACCCUGAGCCCUGCUUGUCGUGGCUUGCCAAACCUUGGAGCGAGUGUUCAAAGACAUGCGGGAGCGGAGUCCGCAAAAGAGACGUCAUUUGUCCAAAGGAGAAUCGCUGCGAUCUCAAAAAGAUUCCGGUAAUUAUAAUAAACUGCAGCCAAGAAGAGCCAUGUGUCAGCUGGAGGACAAAUAACUGGACAGAGUGUUCCGCGUCUUGUGGAGAAGGUGUCCAACAAAGAACCAUCUGGUGCAUAGAUACUGACAAUAACAGAACCAUAAACAUGAGCCUGUGUGAGAAGGAGCCAAAACCUGAGGACACAAAGGAAUGCCAGACCCAGGAGUGCAUAAAGAGCACAGAUGUUCCAUUGUGUAAGAAAGACAAGCUGUCAAUUAAUUUCUGCAAUACCGUGAAGUCUAUUGGGAAGUGUUCGUUGAAAGCCAUUCAGUCUCAGUGCUGCUUCACGUGUACCAGGCAAGAAGAGUCUCUACAAGGAGGCUGAGUCUGUCAUCUGCUUCAUCAGGCUGGUUCAUUCUCCAUCUACUGCAAUAAAUGAACUGAGGAUAUAACAUUCUAAAACAAAAUCAAUGAAUGCCAUCCAAAAACAGAACCAAGUUACCUAUUUCUCAGCACAGGACCUGAACUCAUUAUUUGGGGACCAGCUGGACCUUACCCCAAGGUUUUAUUCCCAAAUUGUAGAGAUAUCAUUGGAGAAUCUGGACUCUUGACAAGCACAGUGGUGCCUAUGAAUCAACAUAAAGCAAAAGCACUGCUAAGUAUUGCAACUGCCGAUGACCAAUAAUACGAACAGUUCAGUGCUGCACCAAUCUCUGGGAAAAAUGUAUCAGCUUUGCAUUUUAUCCAUGCUCAGAAGUGUUUAUAAGUCAAAAAUGCAAAAGCGGUUAAGUAUUGAAAGUAUAAAAAAAAUCUUUAUGGUGCCCUACUUUCAAUACAAUAAUAUAAUAAAAUGUUAUAUCAUUGAGGAUCAUACAGGUCAUAAAUAGAUAUGAAUGCAUACCUUUAAUAUUAUUGAAAAACUGUAUUUACGCCAACAUCAAAUAUGGUCAUUCGUUUUACUCUGAAAAAACAAAAGUACUGUUUAAAGUAAAUUUCAGAUGUAGUGAUAAGGUAUCCUAGGAAGACAUGUAUCACUCUAGCCCGGCAUUUCUCAAAGUUUUUAAUGUGGAGGAACCCUUCAAAACCUUUCUGUUCUCAGGGAACCCUUGUUAAUAAUUACUAUAUCUAAAGCUCAUUGUACUUUAGAGUAAUGGUCAAUAGGAAGAAGCCUCCUUACACUUGUGGUCAGUGGUAGGAAGGGACAAACUGUUUUUUUCCUAUGAUA